CCGAGCGUUCCUGACGGAACAACAACUUUUGCGGUCAGAAAGUGCUCAUUUACCGACAUUUUGUAGACAAAGAGACACAUCAAAUCACUAAAAAACGAUGAGCCAAAGGUUCGAGCUUAGCUCCGAAGCCUUCGAGGCCAUUCAAAAUGUGGACAUCGAGCGGAUUGCCAACAUGGACGAGGCGAGUAUCCGAGCUCUGCUGCCGUGUUUGGUCCGCAUGUCCCUGUGUGCUCCACUGGAUGUAAGCCAGUCGUGGGUGGAGGGAAGAAAGCAGAUUUUACGGGUGCUCUCUGGCCUCGAGGUGGUCAACUCCAUCGUGGCGUUGCUCUCCGUGGAUUUCAACGCGCUGGAGCAGGACGCGAGGAAAGAACUUCAGAUGAGACAUAAGCUCGGUGAGACUGAGAAUCUGUUGACGGCCAACAUACAGCAUGGCCUUGCUCUGGAGUUUGAACGGAGUGACCCAGCUCGCAGACUGCGUCUACUCAUCAGUGAGCUUCUCUUCAUCUCAAGUCAGAUUAAAGACACAACGGAUUUUGUGAGACGGCCAUGUGAGUUAUUCGAGAGUGAAGUUUACCUAGAAGAAGUUUCUGACGUCCUGUGCAUCGCUCAAGCAGAGCUGCCCUCAUUGUUGUCGAUAGAGAAGAUGGCCGAAGCAGUCCUGAGGGUUCAAUAUGGCCCAACCUUACUCUGCAGACUCGUCGCCAAUGUUCCUGACAGCUUCUUCCAAGUCUGCAGGCGCUUGAUCGUGAAUGGUGAACGUCAAGAUGAGGAGAGUUACGGCGGCCGGCGCAGGACUCAGACACUGAGGAUGCUUGCGACUAUGAAUCCCAGCCAAUCACUGACCAUCAGAGCUCUCACAGUGGAACAGUGUAAGUUGCCGGGCCUCGCCGUGGCGCUGUCCCUGGACCACAACACAACCAACCAAUCAGACAGCAGACUGAGUGAGGUCAUCGGCUUUGUCAGUGGCCUGCUUCUCGGCAGCAACUCCGCCGUCCGCAACUGGUUUGCGCACUUUGUCCGCAACGGGCAGAAGAACAAGGGGGAGUCGACCUCUUCCAUUCUCCAUGCGCUUCGAACACACCUUCUCGAACAGCUCACAUCCCUCUGCCCCUCCGAAGAGUUUCACGGUAACCUCCCCGAGAGACAAGUGGUACAGGCCAGUGCUGUGAUGAGGCUCUACUGUUCGCUGAAGGGAAUUGCUGGUCUCAAGUUCAGCGAUGAGGAGGCACAGCAGCUGUUACGUCUACUGAGUAGCCACCCUCCGUCCACCCCGUCCGGCAUCAGGUUCAUCUGUCUCGGACUGUGCAUGCUGAUUGCUUGCCCAUCUCUCAUCAGGCAUUUCAACCAAGACGAUGAAGCAGUGGUUAUUCAAUGGCUAAACUGGCUGGUCAAGGAAGGGUCUCGCUUCGAAAGGGAGAGUGGGAUAAGUGCUUCAUUUAGUGAGAUGCUGUUACUGAUGGCUAGUCACUUCCACUCCAAUCAGGUUCAUGCUAUCAUUGAUUUAGUCUGUUCCACACUAGGAAUGAAGAUUCCGAUCAGACCAAACUCAUUGGCCAGGGUGAGGCUACUGUUCAUGCAAGAGGUCUUCACAGAACAGGUUGUAACCGCCCAUGCCGUCACUGUGGCCGUGACCCCUGACCUUAGCGGAUCCAUCUCAGGCUAUCUACCUAUUCACUGUGUGUACAAUCUUCUACAGAGCAAGGCCUUUGCAAAACACAAAGUACCAAUCAAGGACUGGAUCUUCAAACAGAUCUGCCACAGUGCCCCUCCCCUCCACUCACUCUUUCCACCCCUCUUAGAGGCCUACGUCUCCUCAGUGGUAGUGUCCACCCAGCAGUUUCGGAUCGAACCACUCACCAAGAGGGAGAUCCUAUCCGUGUACCAGACAUCCAACGUGUCGUUACUGAGGGCGUCGGUGUGUCAGGAGGGGGGUCUGAGGACGGAAGGGAAGUCGGGAUUGACGGCCCAGCUGUUGAUGUUGUAUUACUUAUUGCUGUAUGAGGACUGUGUGCUGAGCAAUAUGAAGAUCCUGGUGAUGAACAAUCAGCGCCCCCAAUCCUACUCCAACAAGCUGACAUCUCAGAUGCCCAUCAAGUACCUCCUGCAUGAAGCUCAACGCCAGCAGCCAGCCUACGCCGGUCUCUACCCAUCCCUCCUGCGCCUCCUGGCCACCCACUACCCUCAUCUGUGCCUUGUGGAGGACUGGCUGGGAGAGGAGCUGACUGAAGAAGAGAUGGGCGUGAGGAAGAAGAGGAAGAUGGGCGGGGCUGAUGGGGAGACGGGCACUGCCAAGUGCACACCACAACGUCUUCAAAAUGCCUUGAAACAUGCUGUGGAUGACCCAUCAGAGUCCCUCAUCCUACUGCGACACCUCUGCCGUCUAGAGCCUCAUCACCUGAUGGACUUUGCCGAGGUACUCGUGGCUAGCCUCCCUGGCCAGCUGGAGGAGGGAGUACCUCUUCAGGUGACCUCCCUGGCUGUUAAACUCUGGCGGAUGCUCAACACAGUCAUGCUCAGAAGGUUGCGUGUGAUGACUGUAAACGCCCUCGUGUGUACAACCCCUGUCGUUGCGUUCACUGAGGAGGACAUAACGCUGGACCCUCUCAUUGUACUCAGAUGUGACCUCAGAGUCUUCAGGUGUCCACCAAUACUAGACAUUGUGAUGCAGAUGCUGACCGCCUACCUGGCUGCCUCUAGGGCCUUCUUGACCUCCCAUCUACAGUCAAGUCCGAGCAUCAUCAGGAGGCCCGAGCAGGGGCUGACCCCGCUGCCGACAAAGCCUGAGCGGGAAGAGUUGAAGAAUGCUCUAAUCUCGGCCCAGGAGAGCACCGCUGUGCAACUGCUUCUGGAGAUAUGCCUCCCGUUUGAGAAUGAAAAGAAAGUAGAGAGUAAACUCAGUGCCCUACGUGAGGUCCAGUGUCAAGUCUGUUCCCAGCUCCAUCAGAUGUUUAUUAUCGACCCUAACCUUGCCAAGCUUAUUCACUUCCAGGGUUAUCCGAGUGAGCUGCUCCCAAUCACCGUAGCUGGCAUCCCGUCCAUGCACAUCUGUCUGGACUUCAUCCCGGAACUCCUCAGCCAACCACAGACAGACAAACAGAUUUUCGCAAUAGAGCUGGUAUCCCAUCUCUGCCUUCAGUUUGCUCUGCCUAAGUCCCUGAGUGUCGCCAGGCUAGCCGUCAAUGUCAUGUCAACUCUACUGACCGUUUUACCGAGUGAGAAAUUGUGUCAGUUUUUCCUGCCCACACUGCCCUCGUUGGUGCGAAUAUGCCAGGCUUUCCCUCCGAUGUACGAAGAUGUUACGUCUCUCCUGACGCAGAUCGGUCGUAUGUGCAUAUCCCGUAUGGCCACAGUGAACAGCCCAAUGGCAACUGGACUGGACAGCAGUAGUGCAGGCCUCUUCAUGGCUAAAGACAGGCAGUGUUUACCAGAGCAUCUGAAUCUGCGUAACAGUGACCGAGUGUUGCACAUGGCCGUGGAAAACACCUUCAGAGAUAUCGUCAAACUCGCCGUCGUCAACAAGAAAGUCUUCUAGACCCAGACCCAUCAUAAUGGACGAAGACAUUCUUAUGGAUGAAUUGCGCAUGAUGUCAUUGGCGACCAUCUUUGAUGUAAAACAAUGGAAACAUGUACAUACCGCGCAAGACUCUUAGCCAAUGAUAUCCUCUCUCGCAUGCACGUUUCAUCAACGAUUGCGAAAAUGCGAAACCCUUUGGCAAAACCCUCUGGUAGAUGCCAUUUCCCUUUAGGCUUUAUGUGUGGACUGGAAGUACAAUUUCAGCCAAUGCACAAACAAGUCCUGCCAGCAGACAUCUCCCACUCAUCACUGGUCGGGAACAGCUUGGAUUCUCUCCGCCCAAAUAUGCGUCCCUCCAGCCUCGACAUCAUUACAAGUUCAGCAUUCUUCUCAAGAUGAGCAGAGUAUACUGUUCCCAUAGGAGAUUUACACAUUAUUUUUAUAUAUUUCUUGUAUUGAAACUAAGGGUGCCUCAUAAGUGAACUUAAUCACUGUAGCUGACAAGCCUCAAUAAACCUGUCAAAAAGGAUUUUCUCUCUGAACUAGAAACACCGAGGUGUUGUGGGUUUUAAUGGCACUACCAAUGCUUGUACAUUAAACUACUGCUUAAUAUCCCAUCCGAAGGACAAAUCAACUAGUGUAUAAAAGUUUCUUGCUCAAGGACACAAGUGCCACGACCGGGACUCGAACCCACUCACUGCUGAUCAGAAACACCAAAGCUCUUAAUCAGUUUGCCACAAUUCACAUGAUUGAACUCGCAAGUUUACUAACAAAGCCUAAUGCCGUCAAUGCGGAUUGUACUCAAUGUAAAUCUAUCAGUACGCAAGAAGCAUACCUAUAAAGUAUCCCAAGCGUCCCAUAUUUAUCAAUAUUGGACUCCAAUAUAUACAACAUGGUUGUGUGUGGGAACAGUAUAAAUGGGACUUGUGUUACACCAAGCAAGUGACAAGGAUCUUUAAAUGUUUCCACCCAGUUAACAAAAUUCACCACCAUCACAUACUCUCAGCAAUGCAGUGAAAAGACUGAUAAAAAAUCAUGAAGAGAUGUGAGACCCAAACAUCAAAACUGAAAACUUUAGAAAAUGCUUAAAGCAAUCGCACAACAUCCCGCACAACAUCGGUAAACAUUAUUAUCCAAAGGCCCACACUUCGUGUAU